UUACAUCCUUACGUUAGGGAGGUAAUGUUAAAUUAGACAUUAGAAAUUAAAAGUUUACCCAUGCCUUGCCAUGAUUUAAAAAAAACAAAAAAAAAACGUGACAUCAGUUGGGAUAGUUAACGUAAGACGUACAAUUCGUUUUUCUUGAUUGUCGUAGUGCGUAUUUUAACGUGACUUUGUGAAUUUACGGAGGGAUUCGUCGCCAUAUGGCUUCAUAUUGAGUCAAACGUAACGGUAUCUAGUUCUCGUAAUGGCAACGCAAGUUAGCGUUUUGUUUAAAAGCCAAGUCAUGUUUAAAAUGUUGUGUUAGCACGGUAGCAGCGUGAAGUUAGCGGUUAACGUAAAACUCAUACGCUGCAUUCGUCACGGGUAAAUUGAUCAGCUGGAACAACUCAUUACUGGCCAUGUUUAGACGUAACCGUAAUGUUUUAUUUCAUUUAGUUUACUGGCUUUAGUGUAACGUUACUUUAAGCUAGCUUGGUGUUUGUCUCUCAGCUGUUCUGGAAUAAAAGCCAGGCUCGCGCUGUGAGCUGUUCUAGAAGCCUCACGGGCUCUGUCCUUUACUGUGUGUGUAACGGAGAGCGAGCAGGUUGUCUCGUGCUCGCAUUCUGCUGUGCUAGUGCUGAAUGGGUCAUGAUGCUGCUACUGUAUCGUGAGGUAUUUUAACACGUGCAAGCCGUUCAUCUGAAUUUUGUGAGAAGAUGGAUAACAAAGAAGAAUCAAAGAGUUGUUCCGUCAGUGUGCUGACCUGGGACCAGGUGAGCCGGCUGAAUGAAGUUCUGUCAGAGGUUGUGCCUGUCCACGGACGGGGAAACUUCCCUACCUUAGAAGUGCGGCUGAAAGACAUUGUGGCCCGGGUUCGCGCCCGUCUGGAGCUGAGGGGCAUCAGAGUAAAGGACGUACGGCUCAAUGGCUCCACGGCCAGCCACGUACUGGUGCAGGAUAUUGGCUGGAGCUACAAGGAUCUGGACGUCAUCUUCAGGGUGGACCUGCCACACGAGGCAGAGUUCAAGCUUAUCAAGGACGUGGUGCUGGGUACCCUGCUGGACUUUCUGCCCGAGGGCGUGAACAAAAAGAAAAUUACACCCAUGACUCUCAAAGAGGCUUACGUGCAGAAGCUGGUGAAGGUCAACACAGAGCAGGACCGCUGGAGCCUCAUCUCCCUCUCCAACAACAAUGGCCGCAAUGUGGAGCUGAAGUUUGUGGACUCGAUACGCCGGCAGUUUGAGUUCAGUGUGGACUCCUUUCAGAUUGUGCUGGAUUCCAUGCUUGCCUACUACGAGCUGGCACAGACGCCCAUGUCACAGGCCUUUCACCCUACUGUGAGUGGGGAGAGCGUAUAUGGGGACUUCAGCAUGGCACUGAGCCACCUGCGGAACAAGCUCAUCGACACCAAGCGGCCCGAGGAGAUCCGAGGUGGCGGCCUGCUGAAAUACUGCAAUCUGCUGGUGCGGGACUUCCGCCCUGCCAGCGAGGAGGAGUUCAAGGCCCUGGAGCGCUACAUGUGUUCCCGCUUCUUCAUUGACUUCCCUGACAUUGGUGAGCAGCAGCGCAAGGUGGAGGCCUACCUCCAGAGCCACUUCAUAGGCGAGGAGAAGAGCAAGUACGAUUACCUCAUGAUCCUGCGGCGAGUGGUCAACGAGAGUACGGUGUGCCUCAUGGGCCAUGAGCGGCGGCAGACCCUCCACCUCAUCUCGCUGAUGGCCUUCCGAGUUCUGGCGGAGCAGAACGCUAUCCCCGAUGCGUCCUGCGUCACCUGCUAUUAUCAGCCAGCGCCUUAUGUCCGAGACCACAACUUCAGCAACUACUAUGUGGCUAACCAGAACAUUCCAACAUGGCUGCCAUGUAACUGACAAAUAAAGUGGAAGGACGUAAAGGAGGGCACCGCUGCUGCUGCUGCUGCUUUGGAGACGAGGGAAUGAAAAAAAAACUGAAAAAAAAAAUAUUGAGGCAAUAAAUACAAUGUUCCUCUCAAGGCACAAUUAUAUUUAAGUGGACAGGUGUUUUGCUUUGUUUUUUUUGGAAUCCUUUCUCAUUCCUCAUCUACAGAGUUGUCUCUAGGUCAUUGAAUAGAAAGUUAUAUUUUUAAGUGUUUAGACUUUCUUUUCACAUCAUAUUUGGUUGUUUCCCUGUUUAUCAGAGUUGUGUUUUGUGCCUUAACCUCAAGGUUUACCCCCCAAUAAUUUAAGUAUGGGCUAUUUCUUUGAAGAAAGGGAAGAAAAUGUUAUAGCCUUAAAUUUUGUUUUUCGUGUGUGUGUGUGUGUGUGUGUGUGUGUGUGUGUGUGUGUGUGUGUGUGUGUGUGUGUGUGUGUGUGUGUGUGUGUGUGUGUGUGUGUGUAUAUAUAGAAAAAAUUACAAAUGUGAAAAGGUAGAAAAAAAUGUUAAAAAAUUGUAUUAUUGGGGAAAGGCUAAUAUAAUAGGUGACACCCCCCCCCCACCACCCCAAAAAAAAAGCCAAGCACCAGAAAUAUGUUUAGUUCACUGGGGAGGGAUAAAAGGUGAUGCACCAAUAACUUUGUUCACAUCCGAAAUGAAGGGGAAGCGAGCGGAGUCCAUUUAUUUUAAAUUGAUUUUGUCAUGUAAAUAUCUCGCAGACAUUUCUGGUCUCCUAAAUAUGCCAGCAGUGUCUGUGAUUUGUAAACGAAUGCAGUAGAAAAUGUGUGUAUUUUUAUUUUCCACUGUGAAUUUCAGUGUAGGACGCGCUCCCCUCCUCCCCCUUUAUCCAGUUUACUCAGCCCUGUACUUUACAGUCGAGACCGGCUUUGAGCGGAAAUCUGCAGAGAGACCGUUUAGGCCUCAGACGGGCUCCUGUGUGUCUGAGGAGUUUAUGUUCCUCUGUGUUUUUAAGUCACUUCCAAAGCCUCACCAGUGACCUCCAGAUGUCACAGUCCCCUGGCUAUUAUGGGAAGCUCUUUGACAGGAGAGGGUGAGAGCAUGCGGUCAGUCUCAUUGCCUGGAGCGAGAGCUGGCUGGGCGUCCUGGAGUGACAGGCUGACUGGCUGUCCCUUCCCUUAAAAGGAACAGCACAUGGUGGGCACAUGGUGGGCACGCAGUGUCGUCCCUCACAACCAUUGCAGGCUCGACAGCAGCUCUGAAACGGGAUCCUCCUCUGACGCAGCUCAGCGACUGGCUCUCAAACUACAGGCAGUCUAUAAUUAUCUUUUUUUCCUGGGGGAGAUAUCUUCGGUGUGCGAGCAGCAGCCGCCCUGCCCCCUUGCAUGUGUAUGCGUGUGGCUCAUUAGUCACUUCCUGUCCUCUCUUAACUGCUGCCUGCCUUUUUAACCGCGCAGUGUUUGAACCCCUUUUGUGGUCAUGGGAGUGCAACUGGUAUGUUGAGAGAAACGUCCGAAAGAAGAGUGGCAUCCCAGACGUGCGGACUUGGAUUCUGAUGAAUCCUGAAAGCUACAACUGACCUGAGCCUCAAGACCCCCUCCCCGAAAUAUGACGGAGGUGCCUCCUCAAACCUAUGAAUUACUAUUUCUAGCCAUGCCUAUUAUUAGCGGUUAAUUUCGAACACUUGCAGUGUGGCAUUACUAGCAGAUGGCUUUCGAGUGCGACUUUAACCAGUCAUCUCUCGUCUUCCCUUUCCUGACAUUAUUGCAUCCAGGUUUGAGAGGAGAAAAGUUGCUCUUAAACUUCUUAUGCAAGUGACAACUGUCUCGAGGCCCCUCAGUUCCUCAGAAGCUCUAGCUCACUCCGGCUCACUGCCUCGCUGCUGCUGCUCGUAUUCAGAGAUAACCAGGGCGUCUCUUAUCUGGCUGGCCCACAACUCCUGACUGGUUAGAAAAAUUGUUAGAGUACGGUCAGCUUGUCCUCUUCUGCAGGUCACACCCCGGGUCAGGGCAUGUUCUGCUGGCUCAGCUGCUGAACUUUGGUAUGGGAACUGCCAUAGUGUUUUCUUUUCUUAACAAGUGAGGUGCAACACACUAUCUCGCUCUGGACUAAAGUUACAACCAGCAACUGAAACUCUGAAGUGCCUUUUUGGAGAGUGAUUUAGCUUUUUAACAGGUUUUUUAAUGGUGAUCAGGAGGAACAUUAUUUUCAGCCCCUUCAAACCAUGUGAAAUAUGGAUGAUACAAGACUGUCAUCGUAGUUUAUGGGAGAAUACAUCUAUUUCUGCUUGGGGAGCAAAAUAAUUUUGGUUUAAGUGUUUUGUUUUUGUCUUUUUAAUUUGAGUCCCAAACACACUUUUCCUUGAAACCCACCCGUCUAGUCAUUCCUGUCAGUCUUUCUGUCUUUUGCUAGUUUGGGCCUGGUUGUCACUGGCAGCCAUGUUGACCUCAGUCUUGCAUGAAUGCUUUUUUGGAAAUUCAACUUUUGAUUUCUUUCUGAUUUUCUAAACGGACAUUAUAUAUUAACACUCUUAAUUUAAGGGACUGCCUAGCAAUUGUAGCUCCACCUGCUCUGAAGCAACCCGGCUAAAUUUGUUUUGCCCACAGUUUUGUCCCUAUCCAAACCAAAGCAAUACCUGAAGUGCACUGACGAGCCAUACUUUGGCACAGUAGAUGGAGGUCGCCCAGCAGAGACCCCAUACUAACGGAAGCACUUUAAAGAGGCCUUGUUUUACUCCAAACCCAGCCACCUGAGAGGAAUGUAAAUAAGCUAAUGUGGUCAAUUGCUGGAGGGAGUUGAGCUGGUUCUCAGGGACAUAAUGUGUUUUUUGAGGACUUUGUUUGGUCCCUUUUUUUGUUGUUGGGAGGGUGAGUUGGUUUAAUCUGCCCUUGACAUUGAGAACUACCCUCCUAACACUUAAUUUUGUGUCUUUGCUUCUCUCUGUAUUAAUUGUAACCAAACUAACCGGUUCUUAUUGGAGUAUAUCGUGCCUGACGGUGGAGGUAGCCAGCAGACUGCAGCCUGGCGGCAGCGUUGGGUUUUGCUCUGAAACCUUAUCACUCAGUGGGUAGUCUCCUCUUAGUUUAGUGCUAACGGCUGCAUUCAUCACCACACUCUUAACCCUAACAUGAUCUUUUUCCUUGUUUGAAAGCCACGUGGCAAAACAUUGAUUCUGUGCUGCAAAAAAAAAAAAUUGCAGAACGAAACCUCUUAACAUUCCCCAGUUUGUUUUUCCUCUGAGUGAUGAUUCAUUCAUACACCAGCGAGUAAUGCUGCUGCUCACAGUUGCAGGUUGAAGUCUGUUUGAGCGGGGUGAGGAGUACAAGUCAAAGAAAAUGCAACAAACGGAAGAACUUGCAUUUUCUAGACCGUGAACGCAGCCUGGAAUGUAAAAACUCUGCGUUUUUAUUUUGUGUCCUUCAUGUGUUUACGUUUCUGUUUCUGAUGACUGAAAAUGUGUGCCUGUUAAUGAAAGCUUUACCUUCCCCCUCUCGACGUGUGGGGUGCAGCAGGGCUCACGCUAAAUCACUUCCUUCAUCAGGGUGUAUGUAUGUCAAUGUAUGAACUUUUUGUGAAGGACUAUGUGAAGAAAAACAAAAAAAAAGAGGAUGAAAUGUAUUUUGCCUUUUUUAUUUUCUGCUGUAAACUACGUAUUGAUCCCACUGCUGCUCUCACUCCCCUCAGCUUUGGUUGUCCCACUUGUUUGGGCCUUUGUUUAUUAGUACAGUGUGUUCUUUUUAAAAUUUAUGACACCUGUCGAUGUAUUGCUGGGGGGGGGGCAGAGCAAGCUGUGGAUUACAUGUGUAGUGGUUAUGCUCGUCUAAAGUGCAAGUCUUACACCAUAAGAAUGCGAUGGAGGCUCUUACACUUUCUAUAUGAAGAGUUGGGAAUUUUCUUUGCAGCAGAUUUGUGUUUACGUUGAUGCUUGGAGGUGUGUGUGUGUGCGCCUGCCUGCAUGUGUGUAUGAAGGAUGGCUGGUGCUAUACAAGAAAAGGUGGGGAAAAAUCUGAAAUUUGUCGCACUAUAUAUAUAUAUUUUUGAAAUAGUUUAAUGCAAAAAGAGCUUUUGUCAGCUUCGUGAUUGUGACGAUGAGUUUGAUGGUUACAACCAUUAUACUAUUUCAUUUUUCAGGACUUUAACCUCACUUGAGUUUUUCCUUUUGAAUGGAAAUGUACAUUACAUCAGGAAAAUGUGUUUGAAGAGGAAAUAAUGAAUAAAGAGUAUUAAAUGCAA